UUUGAGGGGAACCAGGACACUGAAAAUCCAGUGCUGGGCCGAUUUAAUAAGUUGUCAAGAGUGGCACGCUACACCUGCAUCAAUCCACAGACCUGGUACUAGAAUGGAACUAUGUCUUAGAGCUGAGGUUCUGGGCUGUACCCUCCCAGAUCCCAACAACAUCUACGCUUGGCAGCAGACGGAGCAAGGCACCCAGYACAAACUGGACUUCAGACACCACAACUACAAGGAGAUGAGGAAACUCAUGAAGUCAGUGACCGAGUCCUGUCCUGACAUCACCCGUUUCUACAGCAUCAGGAAGAGCCAAAUGGGCCUCAAGAUGUACUCAUGGAGAUCUCUGACAACCCUGGAAAGCAUCAGCUGGAAAACCAUCCCCACCGUCAAACAUACUCUCUUCUUGUGUGAUACCUGCCGUGUGAUGUACAACCACUACCCCACCAUCUGUGACUUCCGCCUCACAAAACCCCCCAAGCAGAGGCUGAAGGAGAUCCCGUCCAAGGGAGGCAAGCUCCCCAAAGCCCUGCAGCUGAGGCUGCAAKAACRYRGUCUGUGCAAACUGCAUGCCAGCACUAAAGCCAUCAACUAG